AUGACGCAGGUGAUGUUCUCUGAGACUGUCAAGCAGACACAGCGUUCCGACACCUCAGACAAGCUCGAGUGUCUCCGCAAAGUCGAUGUCUCUGUCCUGGAAGCAGCCAACUCGCGAAUAAGACUUUCCGCUUUCUUCGCAACCUUCGUCUUCGUUCCCGUCGUCGACGGCUCCUUCAUCGUCGAGCGCCCCACCGUGACGCUGGAACGAAAGCGCGUCAAUGGGCUGAGCGAUCCGCAUUCAUGCGCGAUCGCACAACUGACGAUAUUCGUGGACAGCGCCUCGCCUCCGCCUAGCCUUACGGAGUAUGUUACGGAGCUGUUCCCGCUGCUCGACCAGACGAGCGUGCAGAGCAUUGUUCAAAUGUACACCGACGACAAGGUGCUUACUACUACGCUGUCGCAGGCGGUCGCCGUGAUGGGAGAAUCGAUCUUCAUUUGUCCAACGUACCUCCUCAUGUCCGCAUUUGGCGAUAGGGCAUACAAGGGCGAAUUCGCGAUCCCACCCGGAUGGCACGCCGAAGAUCUUGAGUAUCACUUCCCCACCGGGUUCCAGCCAACAUACAACAACUCGGCGCUGAUCAAGUCUUUCCUGUCCGUCGUGCGCGCGCUGAACACAACGGAUAAGUUUGUCCUAGACUUGAAGCCAGCGUGGUCGGUAUGGCAACUUUGGUUUACCUGUGCAUCCAUGACGUCUUAG